CGCUUGUUGGUGACUAGGAUAGCUUUACUCUUGACAAAAGAUGGUCCUCAUCGACGACCCCACUUCUAAGGCUGGACCUCCCCCGCGUGCGACGGCGAACCCCUUUGCACGGUACAGCGAUAAUGAGCACGACAACGACCCUGCACCACCGCCGGAGUAUGAUGCUGGGCCUUCGCUGCCAGUGCACGAGGGCGCAAUUGACAUGGUAUCAUCGAGCACGUCGUUGUUGCCUGCGGGUGUAGAGCCAGGCGAGGCACCGCCGCAAUUCGAUAUCUACAGGCCGCAGUACACUGUCAUGCAAUCGGGGAACAUCGUCUCCCAUGAUCCGCAUCUGAACGAAGAUGGCGAGGCGCUCUAUCGUUUCUUGCUCUUUCAGAGCAGUGUGCGCCCUACGAUGGAGAUCCGGAUCGUCGGCACACACUCUAGCACGACAUACGUCGAGACGGUGCACCGGGACGCACAGGGAAGAGAGCGGAUCAACCGCACACCACGACACGACACUGUCACUGAUUUCUCGUUCCGUAUCGAUCUCGCAAAGCUGCUUAACCCUCCGCCAGAGUUCUUCACCAGCCCGGACGAUGAGCCCGCCUUCAGGGGCGAAAUGUAUCGCGAGACACUGGUUGCAGGGAAGAAGAAGGCUGCGAGUGUUACUGGACUAUACGAGCGGAUGGCAUGGCGUGCGGAGAGGAAGAGGAGGGGACAGACACCGUGGAGCUGGAAGACUGUCAGUGCGAAGGGGACGAGGACGGUGAGGGAGUGGGCCGACGAGUUCUGCGCGAGUCCGAAGGUGCUCAAGGAGUUUGAGUACAAGAAGGAGAUUUAUGGCUGGGAUCUUCAGGAGCUUGAGAGAAUGAUCCAGAGAACAGCGCAAAAUGCCUUCUAUCAUGGGAUGGUGCAAGUAACUUUCCCCCAGAGCGGAACUCGGAUAUUCAUCAGACGUGAUUCUAAGUUCGCACGUAUGCUCUCUAUCACCGCUGUCAAGGUUAUCCUGUGGGUAUUGUUCAUCUAUCCGUUCAUCCUGUUGUACAAGUUCUGCUGGCCAACUGGUGGAGGGAAGUGGGCUGUCGCUGGCGAGGGAUGGACGUACAACGUUUGGACCGCCCAAGGCGUGCAACCAUUAAGUUUACAACAGUGGUGGAGGGUGUGGGAAAGGCGGAUUAGGAACGCCAUCGAGGAGCGCGUCAAAAGCGACGACAUGCUGCAGACGGUGGAGGAUUAUCAAUUCCCGAAUGGAACAGUGACUGCGUAA